UGGCCGGCAGGAACGGCCGUCGCCCCCACGAGGAGGGAGGAGGCUCCCGGAUCUUCCGGGGACUCGAACGGCGCUCCUCCCUCCCGGGGGUCUGGCCCGCGGCCGGCAAGGGAGGCGGAGGGGUCCGCGGGUCACCUAGUCCAGCCCCAGAGACCCCCCCCGCCCUUUGGAAGCCGGGAGAAUGAAUCCAGGCGUGGAGGUCCAGAAGCCGCUGCGGGCCAGGAAGACGAUGGCGCUGAGCAGCCGGAAGCAGAUGGAGCAUCUGAGGAAGAUGAGGAGUGGAGAAGGAGCCGGGGGCCAAGAGAGGCCGGCUGAAGCCAACGGGCUCAGUCCCCAGCCCCAGGAAGAGCUCCGCAGCAGCGAGACCGGAGCCGGAGGGAAGCCGCCGGCGGCCAAGGAGCCCCUGGCCAGCUUGCUGGUGAAUUCUGAAAUCAGCAUUUAUAAGGACCCCCAGAAAAUGCUCCCGAACCCGGACGUCAAGAGGUUCUUGAAUGCCGGCACGUUGCAGGACAUCCUUUGGUACUGGUAUGAAAAGGAAUCCGCUUCCCCUGUGUUGAAGCCGGUCGAAGUGUCCCUGGAAUCGGGACCAGCUGGGCAGCUCCCGGAUCAACUCCCGGUAGCCUCUUCCACGCAUGAAAACACCACCAUAAAUGCAGCAGCCAAAACACCCGUCUGCCAAACUCUUCCAGCAUUGCAAGAGAAAGCAAGCCGCCUCGGGGUGCCUGAAAGAGACAGGGCGCCCACAGUGCACCUGGGAGACGGUCAGAGGAAGAGGACAGCGUCCAGCAACGGCGAGGAAGGCAACGUCCUUUCCAAGCGCAGCAAAGCCUCCGGGGAUCCCGCUGAGGGGACCACCCCAGCCUUGGAGAAAGCGGAGUCCGGGCUGGGAAAGGUCAAGUGCUUGAUUCAAAGUCGGCUGGAGGCCUCGAUGAGAGAAUUGGACCAGGGUCUCCGACGCUUAAAUGAAAGAAUUGAUCACACGCAGUGCCUGCGGAAACACGAAGGCAUCGCUAUUAAGAUUGUAAAGAAAAUCUCCAGACUGGACAGACACAUCAAUGCUGUGAUAUCGUUCCAGAGGAAGGAGCGAUCCCAAAAAGUCAAGCAGCCCAGGGCCCACGCUCAGUGUAAAAUGUUAAAUGGUGCCACCCUGCCUCCGAACACGAGCGCAGUUGGCAAGCCGGUGCCACCAAAAAAGCCAACAUCGACCGAAAUCUUGUCUUCCACUGCAGAAAGGUCGUCCGGUGCUGAUGUGGUCCUUUGCGUUGAGGCGCCGAAGCCAAGCUCAGGGGUGCUGGCAGCCAGGGCUCCAGCCCCUCCACCGAAAGCAGCUUCUGGAUACCCAGACCCUCCAGGUGACCAGGAUGCGUUGGUGAUUGACUUAACAGAUGAAGAAAGCAAUCCUGAUAAAGAAGAGAAGAAAAAAGUUGCAGGAAGCCAGGAAAGCCGUCCAGAGAGCCUUCUGCAGCCUGAAAGAGAAUCCCCGGAUCAGGCGCCUCCGAGGUUUCCACACCUGCCUCCCUUGCCGAGCGUUGAGCCGGACCCAGCGCACUGGAAGGACCUCGGAGACAGUCGGCCCCCUCAGAAGCUGCAGCUGGUGGUGGCUCAGGUGAACCAGCCCAAAGGCAUCGCCCUCCAGUGGAACAUCAGCCGAGUGGACCCCCGGUGCGCCCCCAUCGAGAGCUUCUCCCUAUUCAUCUGCCUGGAGGACGUCAGCAACGGGACCACCUCCGAGUGGAAGAGGACCAGCGUCAUCAAGGCCCUCCCGCUGCCCAUGGCCUGCUCGCUCUCCCAGUUCCCCCGCUCCGUCAGGUGCUACUUCACCAUGCAGUCCAAGGACGUUCACGGGCGCCACGGGCCUUUCUGCGAGGUCCAGUCCAUCUCCGCUCUCUAGUGGGGGCUUCGGGGGAGCGGCAGGGCCCCUUCCCUAACCUGACACCCCUUUUCCCAGAUACUUUUUAGGGGCAUUAUUUCCCCAGCUCAGUGUGUUGAAAACGCCCCGCCCAGUUCUUGGUUGCCCUUUUUUUCCCCUCCCGCACCAAGCUGGCAUCACAUGUGGGAGAACAUCAGAGAAAAGGCUGGGAAGACGGCCUCCCAACGCUGAUGUCUCCAGAGAGAAGAAACGGGAGGUUUCCCCACUUCACCACCGGGGAGAAUCAGACUCAAGACCUCCAAGAGGGGGAACUUUGCUUUCAGUAUUGUUUUCAUCUCUUCACCAGCAAUGAAUGAGAGAGAGAGACGAAUGAUCUCUUGUCCCAAAGCCAAGUGGGUUAAAAAAAAAAUUUUUUUUAAAAAAUAAUAAAAUAAAGUGCCUUUUCUGUUGGA